AUGCCACCAAUAACUAGUUCGAAACGUUCUAAACCUCCUAAUGCAUUCGUGAUAUUUCGAACAUUUUUGAAUGAUGCCAUAAAUCAAGAUAAUAAGAAAUUUAAAGCUAGUAUUUCCCUAAAAAAAACGUCCCCGACAGAAAAAGUUACAAGUACUUCUGGACUUGCCAAAGAUUUAUGGCACAAAUACCUUUUAAUCCAAAAUAUUUAUCGCUCAUUAUAUAAUAAAGAAUUUGUUGAUAAAAAUCAUGGAGUAUGUUCUUUUUCUGUAUCUGGAAUUUUUGGGAACUUGAACGAUUUUUAUUGUGAACUAUCAAAGAAUAAUGAUCCUAAUUCUUCCGAGAAUAAAUUACAUGAACUUCUUAAGAGAGGUUAUGAUUAUCUUUUAUCUCCAACUCGCGAAAAGUACAAAGAGAUUGUCAGAGAACAGCCUAGAUACAGUCAAAGCAGUGGGACACUAGAUAAGAUAUCAAGCAAACGUAUAGAUCUUUUAAUAAAUUUUGUUACAAACAAAAUCAAUUUAAAAGCAUCUUUUUUUGAACCUUUUAAAAGUAAAUGUGCGUUUCUUUGUAAUUCAUGCAAAGUUGAACUGAAUCUUGACUUUUUGUACAGUGAAAUGUUCAAAUUCUUGAAAAACAAAUCCGAAUUGCCUGAUAACAUUUUUAUUGACAAAAUACCUGACGAAUUACAAGCAAAAUAUAAUCAAAUUUCAGAAAAAUAUUUGCAUAAUAUUUCCUCUAAACAGCAAAAGGAUCAGUUGGCUGAAUAUAAUGAUAUCAGCAAUGAACAAGAACACAUGAAACAAUCCAUGCCCUUUACAAUUGGGGACUACUCUGGUUUGUUAGCAAAAGAAUUUUUGUCUAAUUUGAGACUUCGCUACCCUACUCUCAAAUACUACAAUGAUUGUUAUAAAAAAAUGUUUGGAGAAGAAUACGCAGAGGAGAACACUAGCCCGACUUGGCUUCUUAAAAGAUUGCUCGAAUGUUUAUUAAGAAAAAAGGGUUAUAAAAUUACAAAGCCACAUUAUUUGUAUACUGCUUGUGCAGAAGCAUUAGAAUGUAAUAAAAACAAGCACAUUAUUGACGCUUAUAAGCAACUUUCUCUUGAUAUGAAAGAAAGUAUCUCCUAUAAAUUAGCUCGAGACACUCUAAGUUCAGCAAAG